UAUGCAAUAUUUACUAACAUUGUGGUGGAGGGUCUCUUCAUCUCCUUCAUUCUACUUGGUUUAGUUUUAACACUUUGCAAGUUGGAGCAUAAUGUGGCGGAGAUGAAAAUUUAUCUUCUUGGAAUAUCAAUUGUCGUGCAACUCAUCUCAGAUGCGUUGUCACUAUCGUUGUUAUGGAAAAGAUGUUCACACUGUAUAAAUGACCAACUAUGUGAGGAAAGCUGCAGGCAGUAUCUUUUUUCAGAAUAUAAAUCCAACAAAAAAUCUAAAAAUAACUUAUCAAGUAAUUUUAAUCUAAAAACGAAAAAAACUUUAGUAUACAAGCCAACCAGGCCAGGUUUUCAACAGGUUUUUGGACAAACGUUUCGCAAAAAAGUUUUAAAAAAUGAAAUUAAAUGGAGACAAAGAAGAGGAAGGCAGGUAUUCACUCCUGUUCCGCGUGGUAAAAACACAACGACCCUAAAACCAACAACAUCAAGCACUGCGUUUGUAACCAAAACUAACGAACUCUUUGAAACGAGAUCGACUUUGAACACGACGGAAAAAAACUCCUCCACUGGUUUGGUUUUUCAUAUUGUUGGUACAUCAAUACUUGGGACAGGGUUAGUAGCUGCCAUCUUUGUUGUAUUGUGUAAGUUAAAGAAGAAAUCGAAUAUGGUAUCGUUUUCAGAUGAACCGCUACAAAAUCGAAAUCCAAUGACGUAAGCGUUGGGAGCAGUAUGACGUGUGUGAUAUUGACACUACGUAGGAGAAACAAGAAUCACAAUACAAUACGCGCAGAAAAAAAACGCGAUCAGUUUAUAUAAAAAUUGUUAUAUACAGUGAACUCUUGAUAUAAUGAACCCUGAAACGACACAAUAAACCAGCUCGCUAACGCGUUUCUUUGAAGGCUUUAAGUUUUUUUUUGGUGGAGAGAACAAUUUAAUCGUAAUAUCGAGAUUUUUCUUAUAGCGGGAAAUCGUAAUAUCGAGAUUUUUCUUGUAACAGGGAUUCGUAAUUUUGAGAUUUUCGUUAUAAAACAGGGGCACGUAAUAUUCAGAUUUCUCUUAUAAGGAAAUUCGUAAUUUCGAGAUUUUGGUAAUAACAGGUGGUAAUAUCGAAAUUGUUUUUAUAACGGGGGCUCGUAAUAACUAGAGUUUACGGUACUUCUUAUAAAUAUUCAUGAUAAUUGACAACGAUGUAAUUGACCACGAAAUAGCACAAACAUGUUUAGACAAUAUAAAUU